AUGGCUCUACGAGCCACACAUAAUAUUCUUCCUUGGAGACCCAAAGCUACGCUUUUGAUCAGCGGUUCGAGAUGCCUUUCUGCGGCAGCAAGCCCAAUUGCAGGUUCGGGUCAAGCCACGCCCGGUUCAAAUGCUUUGGACACCGUCGACAAUGAGACUAUUGCGCGACUUGCUGCGAAACCACUCCAUUCACAUGGCCGCCCACCGCUCUCCACCUCCUCCCUCCUCGAUAGCGCCAACUUCUCCCUCUCCCUCAUCCCCAUCCGGCUCGCUCACCGCCUCAAAGCACUUCGAAACCUCCCCUUCAUCGUCGUCUCAAAUCCUCAUAUUGCAAGAAUUUACAAUAUCUAUAUGCACUCCCUAUCGACGCUUGUUGGGUACUCCAACCGCACAAUUCAGUCCUUGGAGGAGGAAGAGGAAUUCACAAAAGUAAUGGCCGAUCUCGUCCAAACACAUAACAACACAAUCCCAAUUCUAGCUCGCGGCUUCCUCGAAUCCCGUCGCUGCAUCAGCCCGGCAGCUGUAACUCAAUUCCUUGAUGAGCAUCUACGCGCAAGGAUUGGUACCAGAUUGAUCGCCGAGCAACACAUCGCACUACACCUGUCCUCACAACCUCACUGCGGCAGCCAAGGCUCAAGUACCACUAGCAAACAAUACGUAGCGGAAGACACGCCAUCAUCACAAAUCGGCGUCAUUGACACCGCCCUCAAAAUAUCCGACCUCGUCCGCAAUUGCGAGUCCUGGGUCGGCGAGCUCUGCGAACUCACAUACGGUGUGCGACCAAGCGUCAUCAUAAAUGGCCAACCAGAGACCAAGCUCGCGUAUGUGCCAACGCAUCUCGAAUACAUAAUCACGGAGCUCCUCAAGAACGCCUUCCGCGCAACAGUAGAGAAAGGGCACGAGAAAGAGGCAGUCGAAGUCACGAUCGCCGGGUCAGCAGUCCCCUAUGACUCCUUACUCCAAAACGCACCCAUUUCAACCAAAAGACCACUUGAUGUCGACAAUGCGGCAAGCGAGGAAGCAGCCCCAGGCGUCACGAUCCGCAUCCGUGACCGCGGCGGCGGUAUUCCCCCUGCCGCUCUCCCGAACAUCUGGGCAUAUAGCUUCACAACGUUCGACUCUGCCACUUCCUCCGCGCCCUCUCCCUUCUCUCACCAAUACCUCUAUGAAUAG